AUGAAGGCAAGGACGCACACAACAUCACCUCUACAGCAAUCCCACAUCUUCGCCAUGCAUUUCUCCAACGUCGUAUUGGCCUCUUGCCUUUCGGCACUAUCCGUGGCCGCUCCGUCACGACAGCAUCCACUCGGUCACUCACGGAGCAACCCAUAUCGAAAGGACUACUCCGAUCCUUAUGAUCACAAGGUCGACUCCAUCGGACGCAACCUACAGCCAGAACCACUUCGAAAUGGCGACGGAACAAGCGUGCUGGGCCCUCGGAACCGCGAUCGAGAGAGGCAGAAUCCCGAUAUGAUUCGGCCGCCAUCAACCGAUCACGGCGACUUCAAGAACAUGCGUUGGAGUUUCGCAGAUUCACACACUCGCAUUGAAGAAGGUGGCUGGACACGACAGACCACUAUCAAAGAACUUCCGACGUCUGUGGAGCUCGCGGGUGUGAACAUGCGUCUCGAUGAGGGCGUCAUCCGUGAACUCCACUGGCACAAGGAAGCAGAAUGGGCAUACGUACUCGAAGGCAAGGUCCGUGUCACCGCACUUGACACAGAAGGCGGAUCGUUCGUCGACGAUGUUGAGAAGGGCGAUUUGUGGUACUUCCCACCAGGUCACCCACACUCUCUCCAAGGUCUGGCGCCAAACGGCACCGAAUUCUUGUUGAUAUUUGACGAUGGAUCUUUUAGCGAGGAGAGCACCUUCUUGUUAACAGACUGGCUCGCGCACACGCCACAAUCUGUGAAGGCAGAGAACUUCCGAUUACCACCAGAGGUCUUCGACACUCUGCCCGAGAAGGAGAAGUACAUCUUCCAAGGAGAAUUGCCCGGCCCGAUCGACAAGGAGCAACCUAAGACAUUCAAGAAGUCCAAGCACAACUUCACACACAAGAUGCUGGCGCAGGAACCCGUCAACGCCACUGGCGGAAGCGUCCGAAUCACCGACAGCCGCAACUUUCCCAUCUCAAAGACUGUCGCCGCUGCACAUCUUGACAUCGAACCUGGUGCAAUGCGUGAGAUGCACUGGCACCCAAAUGCAGACGAAUGGUCAUUCUUCAUCAGCGGCAGAGCUCGCGUGACGAUCUUUGGUGCCCAAGGCGCAGCUCGUACCUUUGACUACACUGCCGGCGACGUUGGAAUCGUGCCCAAGAAUAUGGGGCAUUUCAUCGAAAAUCUGAGCGAGGAUGAGCCUUUGGAAGUAUUGGAGAUCUUCCGUGCAUCAGAAUUCCAGGACUUCUCGCUAUUCCAGUGGCUGGGAGAGACUCCACAGAAGAAUGUCAGAGACCAUCUGUUCAAGGACGACCCUGAAGGCGCAGCGAAGUUUGCAAAGGCCAUUGAGGGUGCCGAAAAAGAUGUGAUCAAGUCCAACUUGAAGGAUGCUGAUGCUUGGGAUUAUGCUGAGGAGCUAUGA